AUGGAUUUCCUGGACUUGUUGACCUGGGUUGCACUUGUUCCUGAAUAUGUCCCACUUGUUGUUGGAUUGAACUUACUUGCUAUUCCAAUAGGUGAUGCGGCGAUUCACCAAAAUGAUUAUCCUAAAUUAUAUGCUCAUGCAAAAGGUUUCGUUAUCGGCGUCUCCGGUGGCAUCGAUUCAGCUCUUGUUUCAACGUUGUGUGCUCGAACGGAUGCCCCAACACUCGUCAUCGUAAUGCCUAUUCAUCAAUCAUCCGCUGAAGUUCAACGAAGUCAAGCACAUAUUAACUGGUUAACAUCAAAAUUUCCCAAUGUUACUGGUGCUAAAGUUGAUUUAACUGAAGCGUUUGAAACUUUUCAAAAGACAGUGAAGUCAAAUGAGAUUAACGAAGUGAAUUCGUACAGUGAUGUAGCAUUUGCCAACAUGAGAUCACGAUUAAGAAUGGUUAAUUUGUACUAUUUUGCUUCGCUCAAAGGUUACCUUGUUGCUGGUACUGGAAAUAAAGUGGAAGAUUUUGGCGUUGGUUUCUUUACAAAAUAUGGUGACGGCGGUGUUGACAUUAGUCCGAUCGCUGAUUUAUUGAAAUCUGAAGUGCGUGCAGUUGCUGACGUCUUGGGUGUUUCCCAUGAGAUCAUCAAAGCACCACCAACCGACGGCUUAUUUGGCGACACCAGAAUCGAUGAAGAUCAGAUUGGAGCUUCGUAUGACGAACUCGAAUGGGCAAUGAAUCAUCUCGAUCUAAGUCAAGAACAACAAGGUGGAGUGACAUUUACUGAUCGACAGAAGAAAGUUUUAGAAAUUUAUAAUCAACGACAUGCAGCUAAUUUACAUAAAAUGGUGGAAAUUCCACGUUGCAUUAUUCCACCCGAGCUGAAAGAAAAGCAAGCAUAA